CUGCGUCACUCUCUAAGCUGAAUCCUGCUUAUGAGUCCAUCAGAAACAGCCAUCUGCGAUAAGUCUUUUUGCAUUGUAAAAGCAAGGAAUAAUUUGUGUAUUCAUCGAUCCGCUUUUGCCAAAUGAGUCAUGAUUUCAGUGAUUGCAGUAGCUGUGUUUCUCCUCUGGGAGCCCAUUCAACCCCCCUGGACGACAGCUUACAAAGUCUUCUCUUCUCCUGGCUCCCUCACCCAUCGACAAAUCACUGAGAUGGCCAUUCUGCGCAAGACUGCACAAGUGUGCCGUGACAUUUCCAUUGCUGAAGGACAAGACUUCAUCCUACCUAUUGACAACACAUUGACUGUAGAUGCUGUCCAGAAAGCCUGUGCGAAAUUAAGUUCUGUCUACUACACCAACGGCCUGAAAUCAGCUAUUUUUGAAACUGCCGUGAGUGGAAAUCAGUUCAGUGCUGCACGGCAUUGUGAUGCUGAAAAGAUCAGAGAAGGCCAGAAGAUCAUUACUGAUGGUCUGGACCUAAUAAAAGUCAACAUAGAAGUCGAAAGCUAUGGCUUUGCCCGCAUCAGACUGGGUUUAAUAUGUCAUACUUUGCAGGAUUUCUACAGCUACAGUAACUGGGUGGAACUGGGAAACACUGCUCCUUUCAGCAACAUGAUCAAAAAGGUCAACAUUGACAACAUAGCAGGCAACUGUAGCCAUGGUGGCUUUUUUGACUGGACCGGUUCAACAAAACUUACUGGAGGUAUCAAUAAAGAUGAGGUCAGUUCAGAUCAUGGCAGCUAUCACCACCGUGCGGCAGAUCUGGCCAUCAGUGCUACCAUGGAACUGCUGGAGGACAUUAGACUGGCCAAAGGCAAUUCAGCAUUUCUUCGAUUGAUGGGGAUGAAUAAGACCUCAGUGCUGGCUUUUGUGAUUGACACCACAGGCAGUAUGUCUGAUGACAUCGCAGAAGUCAAGAGAGUGUCCUUAAAUAUCAUAGACAGCAGGAGAGAAUCAGCAGAAAGACCCUCAGAAUAUAUACUGGUUCAAUUUAAUGACCCAGAUUUUGGGCCACUAAUACGGACUAGAAAUGCAGAGGUUUUCAUAGAGAAAAUCAGUUCGCUCACAGCUCAUGGUGGAGGAGAUACACCAGAAAUGUGCUUAUCAGGACUCCAGCUGGCACUGGCAGCAGCUCCUCCAUCUACAGACAUCUUUGUUUUUACUGAUGCUGAAGCCAAAGACUUUGACUUACUAAACACAAUUAAGGCCAUGAUAGAAAGCACCAAGUCAAGAGUAAAUUUCAUGCUGACAAAAGUUUUAUCAUCACGCAAAAAAAGAGAUGUCUCACAAUCUCAGCGUUCCUUAUCAAGAUCAAUGAUCCUGUCAGAAAUACAGUUGUACAGAGAUCUGGCGCAGGCAUCUGGUGGACAGGCCAUAGAGGUCACUAAGAGUACACUGUCUCAGGCCACUGCAGUCAUUAUGGAUUCAUCUGCCCCCACUCUGGUGACUGUUCUUCAGGUUGUGAGAAGUCCAGCUAAACCAGAAAAUCUUAAUUUUCUGUUGGAUUCAUCUCUAUCCAAUGUGACAAUGUACAUCACUGGGGUCAACCCAGUCUUUACCUUCUACAAUCCCACAGGUUCGUCUCAAUCAGGUUCAGUGACAGAUGGCCCUCUGGGUAGCAUCCAGACUGUGGGGAAUCUGUGGAGAGUUAAACUCAAGUCUGACAACCAGACAGGAGAAUGGAGGAUCAGUAUUAACUCCCUACACCCCUACACCAUAAAAGUAACUGGUCGGAGUUCUGUUGACUUUCUUUAUAACUUUGUGAAAUUUGAGGGACUUCAGGGUGACUUCACUCGCAAAGAAAACCGGCCUUUCAGCGGUCAGAAUGCCACCUUGUUUCUCUCUUUGACCGGAGGUGAAUCAGUCACAGUGACUGACGUACUUCUAGCUGAAGCUUUGGGGACAAAAGCUGUUUAUGGAACCAUCCAAUCUUUAGGUGGGACAGACUACCUGGUUCACAUACAAAGCAUCCCAGAAUGGGCAUUCAUGGUCCAGCUCAAAGGGCGGUUGAGUGGCUUACCUAGAUCCUCACCUGUUCAAUUCCAGAGACAGUCACCUACUCAACAGAGAAGCUCUGGCAUAAAAAUAGUGGCCGAAUCACAGAACACUUUGCAGCCUGGAAUCCCUUUGAAUGUACGGUUUAAAUUGACCAAUAAUGGAAGAGCAGGCCACUACACCAUACGAGCCCAGAAUGACCGUGGUUUCAAAGUGUCUGUCCCCAGCUUCUUGAAUGUGGAGGCUGGGGGUAGCGCUCAAGGAAUCGCAACACUGACCGCUCCCUCCAACACAGAGUCUGGGACGGAUGUCACAUUUACCAUUGAGGCAGAAGAUCCAGGGUCAGCAGACCUGAAUUACGUGACACUGCGGUGGACUGUCAUGGCUGAGGUAACUGAUGUCUCCAGACCUGUUUGUCAGCUCAUGAGCAUCAAAUCUGACUGCCCUUUGGAGUGCAGCAGGGCAUCAUGGGAACUCUAUGCCACAUUUACAGAUGGUAAUGGUACGGGCAUGAUCAGAGUGUUCGUAAACCUCGGCAGCGGUUCUCUCAGCACAAGUCCUGCGAUAAGUGAGAAUGGCACCAGUAUGGCUGUAGCUUUCUAUAAUGCUUCAUGCUGUUCUCAGGAUGUGGAGCUGGUGGCUGUGGAUAAGGUGGGAAAUGUUGGUACAUGUUUUACUUCUAUAAAGUCUCUGUCAGCAACCACCACAGUAACGUCUGUCACAAACAGUGCAUCCAGCUACGUUGUGUUAGUCUCCAAGUAUCUUUUGCUUUGCAACUUAGUUGUUUUAUUUCUGCGGUGAAGGGUAACUAAGACACAUACAGGAAUAUUAUUAUAUAUAAUAGUGAUAACAUGCUGAAUAGCUUACGGACAUACUGUAGAUUUAUAUCAUUACAUACUCUUAAUACAUGUCUAAGUCACACUUGUAUGUAGGACCACUGCCUGACUUUACUGUAACUGU